CCUCAUUCGAAUUGACCGUGAGGCGCAAGCAGGGCACCGAGCGUGCAGAAGGGCAGUGACGCUGCGUCCGGCAGUGAAGUUGAACAGGACUCAGAGACAGACUUAUCCUGUUAUCCAGUACGACCUUGAAAACGUCCGAAUUGAAAGCUGGAUUGGGAAUCACACGUGGUCACCUGCGAUGUCGGGAACAGAAAUUCAGCCGAAUCGGUUGUCCCUUGAAAUGAAAGUAUCGUUAGUCACAAGUGCGCAGUACCGUUACGAGGGUACCGUAGCUGCGAUCAACUCGAUUGAAGGCACUCUGACUUUGAAAAAUGUGCGUUUCUGGGGUUCAAAAAACCGUAUGACAAGCACUACAUUGCCCCAAAGCGGAGAUAGUAAACCACCUCCGAUAGGGUCUAUGUUCGAUUCCAUCACGUUCUGGAUGUCCAGUAUUGUUCAGCUGUGGUCUAUGGAUGAGGACAAAACAGAACGGGCUAUUGAAUUGAGUGACAAUGGAGUUGCCAAGGCUGGAGUGGUACUGGAUGCGAAUCGUGGACGUGGGAGACGGUCCCGGAAUUGGUGGCCUGCAGGUGACCAACGGAGAACGAACACAAGGAACAGUCCAACCAACAGUAUGGAUACCGCAGGUCCCGUAUCUGUGCCAGUGGGAAGAUACGUUAACCCCGCAAAUCAUCCGGUUAUAUCCAAUCAGCCUCGCAUGCUGGUAUCAUAUCCACGCCGAGGACGAAGUAGUGGAGGGCUGAUACCCAGACAAGCAAGUUACGUUCCCAUUGUGCCGAUCGUCUCUGGGCCCGCUGGAAUUAGACGAGCAAACUAUGGACCAAGUCUGAGAGGACCACCUAGCCGAACGUUCAAUGCGCCCAUCAUAGCCGGUCCUGGGGGGCCACGGUUGAGCGGACGCAAGUCAGUUCAGCCAAUUCGCCGAGGUACCGGUGGCGGUGAUGACCGCCGAUACAACCAAGGAGGAAUUAACCCAUCCGGAGGCAUGUUUGUUUAUCUCCCACCAGAAAUGGCUGCUGCCUACCAAUCGCAUGGGAUCAAUCUGGUGCCAGUCAGACCACCAGUCAGCAGACGUAGAGCGAGUGAGCGACGAGGAAAUUCGCGUGAACCUAGCAGUGUGGAACCCGAAAUUGACUGCACGUCACCGUACGACUUUGAAACAGCCAACGCCGAGCUUGAAGCAGAACUUGCCAAAAUGACAACCAAUGUCGAGGGGACAUCUGCCACAAGCAACACCCAAGUCAGUGAAUGCGGAGCGGAAGCCGAUGGAAAUGCGACUGCCUCCACCGGUGAUGGGCAUCUAUCUGCUGCAAUCUGUUCCCCAUCUACAGCAGUGUCCGCAGGAUCAGGAAACGGGGCAUCCGGGGAUUCGUCGAUCGGUGCAGUAACUUCCACAGUAAGUGGAAAUGGAUUGGAUGGAGCAACCAACGGCUCUGCAGCAACCGUUUAUGGCACGACCCCGUUGGCCAAGUGCGUUCUUAGACAAUUUGUUCAUAUUGGAAUGUGAUGCGUGCAUUUAGCCAACUGUAAAUUAUUUGCAUUUGCAUAUGAUGAGAGUAGUGACUGAACGCUAAAAGAUGGCCAACCUGCUUCGGAAACAAACUGGAAGCAAUCAAAUCCGAACUAAAUAGCGGGGAGUUGCUGGUCUUUUACCUGAGGGAAUAAUAACUUGACAAUGGAUAACCAAUUAGAUUGUUCCAAGCAACGUUGAUCAAUUGGAUUCUUAAUUGACUGUGUCCAACAUGAUCCUAUUUUAGUACUAUUGGCCUUACUAAUGGCAUCUGCAACUGAUGAUAGACAUCCUUCUACUACGAAGGUGUUAUCCGUAGAUCGACCUUACAUACAUCUGGGAGCACCGUGGGGCAGAAUGUUGAUUAAAGUUUGGCCGCCGUAGUAAGUAAAAGUGCACAGAUGAGCGCUACCUUAGCAGUCUUUUCAUCAGAGUGCUGUGAUGAGACCGGGGCGAAUACAGAAAGAACAGACCGAAGGCCAUAAAUAGGCACCUGAGACAGGUAAGACAGCUAUUGCAAUUUUGCAACUGGAAGGCAUAAGAAGUAUGAUGACAAUGUCACCAAAUAAGUACUAGGUCAAUACGUGAACGUGUGAAAGAACGAGGCCCUAAGCGGUCAUGUUCAUGUGUAAAUGAGGCAAAACUGAAAGUAAAGAAGAUUGCAGACGCCGCUGAGGAUUCGCUAGUCUCGCAUGUAGCCCGAUCAUACAAAGUGCUCUGGGCCAAGCAAACUCAACCCAAUGUCGAAAGCAUACGAUGAAACUGACUGGUAGCUACUCAUAGCGAUCAGUGUGUAGACUCGGUCGAAUGGCCUUGGUUCCAGAUUAGGGGGUUAGAAAAGCUGGCGAUACAAAUGAAAGACAGUCGAUUACAUAAACGGUAAAGCAAACAUGACUCAGCGGACUAUCGUACAAAAAGGAUUGGUUCACUUGUGCGUAAAGCUGGCCAGAAGCACUAACCGAUAGGAUCAAAUAGCUGGUAGGUGAGGGGUACACAGCCAAUCAGUGGAACAUACGGAAAGCGCCAAACUGAUGUAAGAACCUCCGCAAAUAUGGAAAGGUCUGUUGUUACUGAAACGUUUCCCGCUGUUGCUCAGGGGGUGAGUAAGUAGCCUUUGCAAUUGCAUAUGCCCCGACUCCAGCAAAGCAUGGUGUAUGUCAUGCAUUUUGACGCAGUUUUUCCGUCUAGUAGGAGCAACUAUGAGGACGUUCUCAUAGCAGCAAAAUAUAACUUAUACCAAUUAUCUUUUUUCAUUGUAGAGGUGAAUAUUAUGUACGGGAAAAGUGUUUCUUUGAUCAGAUCAGCCGUUCGGAAGGCGGGUCCAGAGGACCCUAUUCCUCGACUGGUGGAAGGGGGACGUACAACCAGAGUGGAUAUGGUGGUGGUGGACCUGCCAUGGGUUACGCUCCGGGUAACGCUGCGCGAAGGGAACGACAGUUAAACAUGGAAACAUUCGGACCCAUGGCAGUGAGGACCACCUUCACCUCCAGACGCAGACCAUCGGGGAGUGGACCGCGAGAAUUCCUUGUAUCUGCAUCGGCUUGAUGUGGCCCAUAUACAGCUGAUGUUACGAACAGUCAGUGUAAAGGCUCCUAGUUACCAAAUAAUGGCUGUGCCGGAACAGUCCCCCUGCGUUCAGUAUGAGACGCAUCACACAAGCAUCGUGUUAAAUUGACCAAUUAGCUCGUUUCUUGGAAACGCGCCAAUCGAUGCGGGGAACAGCAGCUUGUAGUUAUUUGCCAAUAUUGGUUUCUUUCGUUUGCAUUUGUUGUUUCCAUAGAGGAAU